CUUCACGCUGGCUCCCUCCCGCUCCCUUCGCUCUGGGAGUGUUUCCCAUUUAAACACACACAGUAUUGCCGAAGAUGGCGGAGAGUUUGUAGAGGUGUAAAAGAAACUGAUGUAGUCAAUGAAAGCAGCAAAGCCGAAGCUGUGAAGACACUGAAGAAACAAGCCCUGAAUGGAGCUUCACUGGGGAUUGUACUGGCUAAGGUGCUGAAAUGCGCUGAAGAUGAGCGGCAUAGGAGACAACUCGUUAGAGCCGCUGUGCUCUGACCGCAAGCGGAAACUGUCCACCUGUGACACACCAGGAUUAGGGUGUGACAAGCGUCUGAGGGAACAGGAGAGCAAGUACAUCGAGGAGCUGGCCGAGCUCAUCUCUGCUAACCUCUCCAACAUUGACAGCUUCAACGUCAAACCUGACAAAUGUGCCAUCCUCAAGGAGACCGUGAGGCAGAUCAGACAAAUCAAAGAGCAAGGAAAGAGCUCUUGCAGUGACGACGAUGUGCAGAAGGCGGACGUGUCCUCUACCGGUCAAGGGGUCAUCGACAAAGACCAUCUGGGGCCUCUUCUCCUGCAGGCAUUAGAUGGCUUUUUGUUUGUGGUGAACCGAGAGGGGAGCAUCGUAUUUGUGUCGGACAAUGUGACGCAGUACCUGCAGUACAAGCAGGAGGAGCUGAUAAACACAAGCGUGUACAACAUUAUCCACGAUGACAACAGAGAGGAGUUUCACAAGAACCUCCCCAAGCCUAAUGCAUCCAAUGGGCAGUGGGGUGGGGAGGCCCCCCGACAGAAGAGUCACACCUUUAACUGUCGCAUGCUGGUCAACCACCUCGCUCACGGUGCCGGUCAUGGUUUGUCAGAAGACAGAGCGGGGGGCCAACGUUAUGAGACCAUGCAGUGUUUUGCCCUGACUCAGCCCCGCGCCAUGAUGGAGGAAGGAGAUGAUUUACAGUCGUGUAUGAUCUGCGUGGCCCGACGAAUUACUGCCGUGGAGAGGACGGAGAGGUUUACCACCCGACAUGAGCUGUCUGGUAAGCUAAUUGAAAUUGAACAACAGAGUACUCUUCAUAACACCAUGCGUCCCGGGUGGGAGGACCUGGUCAGACGCUGCAUGCAGAUGUUCCUCCACAGAAGUGAUGGUCAGCCCUGGUCUUACAAGCGCCAUUAUCAGGAUGCUUUCCACACCGGCCACGCUGAGACGCCGCUCUACCGCUUCUCACUCUCUGACGGCACACUGGUCACAGCUCAGACAAGGACGGACCUCUGCAGGAAUCCCAGCACCAAUGAGCCGCACUCAUUCCUGUCCACACACUUCCUGCAAAGGGAACACAAUAGUUAUCGCGGUAACCAGAGUGGCCCCAUGAGACCCCAGAACAUGGGCGUGAACAACCCCAACCAGCAGAUGAACAUGGGCCAAGGAGGAAGCAUGGGCAUGAACAGGGGCUACGGCAUGCCUGACCAGGCCAACAUGCCGCAAAGAGGAAUGGCCUCGUAUUCUGGGGGCGCUCGCAUGAACCCCAUGAACCAGAUGAAUCACAUGAACCCCAUGCAUCAGAUGAACAACAUGCACCAGAUGAACAACAUGGGUCAGAUGAAUCCCAUGCACCAAAUGAACCACAUGGGCUCCAUGAAUCAGAUGGGCCACCACGGCAUGCAUCAGCAGCACCAGCACGGGCAGAUGGGUCAGAUGCACGGAGGCUCUGGGGGUGGGGGGUUUGGGAUGGGUAUGACCAGCCCUCCUCAGUCAAGUCCUGGGAUCAACGGUCCUCCACACAACGUUUUGGGUUCCCCUAGAGUCAGAGGAAGCCCCAAGACUGGGGCCAGCCCGUUCUCACCUGGAGCCAUGAACUCACCAAUGAGCUCCACUCACUCUGGUAGCUCUGGAGGUGGAGGGGGCACCACCUUCUCCAGCAGCUCACUGAACGCCCUUCAAGCCAUCAGUGAGGGACUGGGCAAUCCAAUGCCCUCCCCCCUCACAUCCCCUCUUUCUCACAAGCCAGACAGCUCUCCAAGCAUCAAUUCUACCAAUCAGGAAGCAGGAGGCAAACCAGGCCUUCCACCAUACUCUGACUCCAAGAGCCCCGGCAGCUCCCUCAGGGCCGGCGGGGAGCAGCAGUCGCAGCAGCAUCCACAGACCCCCACCAGCGAAGGACCUCCUGACAAGCCGGACAGCCAGGCUUGCCUUGGUGGGGGAGAAGCCAACAGACGGGGCCCAGACAAGUGCAACAAGAAACUUCUGCAGCUUCUCACAUCCCCCACAGACGAUCUGGUGCCAUCCAAUCACCCUCAGAGCUCUGGAUCCAGCUCCACUCCGGACACAAAGGAUGGAGUCACCAGUCCCUCCUCCUCUACAGGAGUAUCCUCCUCUACAAGUGGGGGCCAUGGUGCCGUCUCUUCCUCAGGAAGUUCUGGACAUUUUCCGAGCCAGUCCUUGCAGGAGAAGCACAAGAUCCUACACAAGCUCCUGAAGGAUGGGAACACUCCGGAUGAAGUGGCUCAAAUCACUUUGUUGGCCACCGGCAAGAGCACUUUGGACUCAGGAACUCCAGAAGCGGGCCUCUCGUCUACCGGAGGGGAAAAGGGGUCUGAGGCGAAGAAGGAGCAGCACAGUCCGAAGAAGGAGAAACCCCACGCUCUUCUUCACUAUCUGCUCAACAAGGACGACUCUAAGGAAGCAGGCGAUAUGAAGCCAAAGCUGGAGGAUUUGGAUGGCCGAGGAGCUCCAGGAGCAGGAGUCACCAGCUCCGACCCCCAUGUUAUGGAUGGGAAGGUCAAGCUGGAGCCAUCUGAUGAGGCUGAGACUUUGGAGACAAUUUUAGGAGUCCGGCAGAACAAUUCCAGCUUCUACCCUGAACUGGACUCCAGAGCCACCAAGGAGAUGGCAAACAAACAGGGGUCUGUUCCUGAAAGUUUACAUGAGAGGGAGAGAGGCCCUAUGCUUCCAGCUCAGCGUGCAGCCUAUCAGAGAGCCUUGUCUGUGGAUUCCAAGCCCAUGGGUGGGGACAUGCCAGUAGGAGGAGGAGGGCUGGCGACCAGACGAAAUGUCCCCUGCCCCACACUGGUCAAACAGGAGAGCAUGGAAGCUCCGAUCCGACCUGGAACAAUGCCUAAUGGCUUUCCUGGAGGGAUGGGUGUUUGUCCACCAAGGGGGAAUCCAACAAGAGGUAUUGGUAGAGGAAUGGGCGCUCAUCAGCGCCCUCCCAUGGCAAGUCCAGGGGAAUGGGGGAUGCCGAGGUCUGGCGGGAGUGCGGCGGCCGGACCAGGACAUCCAGUUAUGGGUCGCCCUGGCCAAAUGGGAGGACCUAUGAUCAGCCGCUCCAUCAGCGCACCUGAAAACAUGCGGUCCAUACUGCAGCAGCAGCUCAUGGAUAUGGGUGCUAAUGAAUCGAAUAUGAGCAUGAGCCCCUUUGGCGGACAGGGCCCCCCUCCUCAGUCGCCAUCUUGGCCAGAUUCUGCCAUGGGAAUGGACCGACCUCAGACCAGCACAAACAGAGAACAGUUUCCACACCCCCUGGAGGAGCUCCUCGGACCUCUGCCCAGCAGCGAGGGUCCUGGAGACGACCGGGCUCUUCUAGACCAACUGGACUCUCUGCUCAACAACGCUGAUGUGAUUACUCUGCAGGAAAUCGAUAAAGCUCUGGGAAUCCCUGAAAUAGUUGGGCAGGCUCAUGGACCUGAAGGUCACCAGCUGGGUCAGGAUCAGGCUCAAGGCCACUGCCCCCCCUCAGAGGGCUUCUCCAGCAUGGACUCUUCUGCAGGGAUGGAUCAGAAAGCCAUGUACAGCCAGGGUUAUCCAGGACCUCCCUCCAUGGGAAUGCAGUCGGCUUAUGCUGGCAACACAGUGGCUCCCCCUGGAGGCUUCAACCCUAUGAUGAACCAGAUGGGCCCGACUGGGGCUUUUCCUGGCAUGGGGGCCAUGGGCAACCCUCGGGCAAAUAUGACGAGGCCUCGCAUGAUGACCGCCACCAAGCCUCUCCGCCUGCAGCUGCAGCAGAGACUGCAGGGGCAGCAGUUCAUGAACCAGACGCGACAAGGGUUAAAGAUGGAAAACGCCUCAGGAGGAAACCCCGGCAUGCGUCCAGGGAUGCAGCCGGGUAUGCAACCCGGAAUGCAGCCGGGUAUGCAACCGGGCAUGCCUUCUUUAGGGAUGAAUGUUCAGUCUGGUUUCGUGAACGCCCAGAUGCUGGCUCAACGCAACAGGGAGAUGAUGACCACCAUGCAGAUGAGGAGGCAGAGGAUGAUGAUGCUGAUGCAGCAGCAGCAGGGUCAGGCGGCAGCUGGAGGCUUCAGCCCCCCUCCCAAUGUCACAGCACCAGCAGGCAUGGAAAACCCUAUGGGCUCUCCCCCAAUAACCCAACCGGGUCAGCAGGGCUUCAACUAUGGAGGGAACUAUGGGAUGAACCAGCAGGGGGAGUCUUUCAUCCCUCCGGGUAGCAGUCCACCAGGACACUUGAUGCAGGGACGGAUGGGAGGUCCUCAGCAAAACGCCAUGAUGCCAGGGAUGCAGGGGAAUCCACAGGGGGGCCACGUGUACCCGUCAGAUAACAUGAAAGGCUGGCUGCAGGGCAACAUGGCACGCAACAACCCGUAUCCCCAGCAGCAGUUCCCCCAGCAGGGAAACCAGGGCCAGUUCGGAUCCAUGAUGAUGAACAACACGAUGGGCGGGCCUGGGCCGGGCAGUGGAUCCGCAGUGGGACAGAUGACCCAAAUGCCAGGGCAGAUGCAGGGGCAAAUGGGCAUGAACCCAAUGGGAAUGGGCAGAAUGCCAAUGGGACCUGAUCAGAAGUACUGCUGAGGACCAGGACCUGGACUCGAUGAGAAGUUCCUUUUUAGGAAAAAGUGACAGAAAACUGCACAGUGCGGCGGAGGAAAAGGGUCACAAAGACUCGCCGGUGCCCGGUUUCAUUCCCAGCUGAAGCCUGGCAUGCACAAAGAGAAAGCAGCUGCCUGGUGGGGGACUGGACCGAAGCUGUCCAGCAGCAUUCAGCGUCACAGCAGGACUCUGGUACCACUGGCUGUGGCUGCACUUUACUGCUUUGUGUGGAGGAGGGGGGGUAGAUUGAUGCAAUAUGAUUUCAUCCUUACAGCCUUACUAGAGAUUCAAUGCCUUCUCAAUGAUGGAUUUGUUUCCUUUUCUUGUCCUUCGAUUGCGCCUCAUUCUUAAGUCAUUGAAAGCUAUAAGCACACAGUUUACUAUGUAAUGCAGAUUUGAGCAAUAACUCUUGCCUCUAUGCUUUUGACUGUAACUGAGCAACAUAGUCCCUGUUGUCAGCAAAGAGAUGGUACUGCAGUAUUAGAUAUACUCUGUGAAUAUGAAUUGUAAAUAUGCUUUUAAAGGCCUGUUCUUGCACAGAGUAAGAGACUUGGUUUUAUUUUUGUCUUCAAAAGGUCAAAUAUGGAUUUUGGUUGAUUUGCUUCUUUUUUUGUGGAUUUUUGCUAAUUUGUAGGCACACUUGGGUUUCAGAUUUCCUGAUUGUCAUUUUCUAAAUGCAUUUAUUUUCCCCCAAAACCUUUUGUUAUGUGUUUAGCAAGGCACUUUCAACUUGUGUUAACGGUUAGAGCUUUUAUUCCUGAGUUUUUUUUUUUUUUUUCAAGGAAAUUGGUUUAGAGGAAAUCGGCACAAACCAGGUGAGCUGGGUCUGUGAGGUGUGCUAUGUGGGUUUAAUCUCCGCUCACCAACAAGCCUACUUACAAUAGUCUCCCACCACCUCUGUUAACUGUCUUCACCAUGUUGUUUUGAGUGUUUUCAACUUGCUGAAAUCUACCUUUUUAACAUGCGCAAUCCAAAGAUAUUUUUCCACAUCUGUGUAUAUUUUCUGAACUUUCUGGUGUACAUUUUUAAUGAGAAUCUUAUCUAUUAUUCUAAUGGUAAAUGGGUACAUAUCAUGGAUCUGUAAAAGCAUAGGACACGGAAGAUGUUGCUCCACUGUGGGAUGCCAAACAGAGCAACGUGAAGGUCCUGAAACUUGCCUCGAGCAGCAUGUUUUUUUUUUUUUUUUUUUACAUCCAGAGAAAUGCAUAUUUUUACUGUGAUCAAGAAAUACCAACUUUUAAACAUAUCAAUAUGUCAUCGGUUUUUCAGGAAGCAACUUCAUUUUAUUAUCAGAUUUUGUCACUUCAGGUAAAAAAGGAACUUUUCAAGUCAAAUGAAGUGCAAAAGAAAACAAAAGAUCUUUGGUUUUAUCUUUGUUUGGAGGUGAAAUAAGCUGUCAUUUUAAAGGAUGUAUAUUACAGAUUUUUCUUCUUUGUUGAUGUUGAUAUUGAUGUAAAUACAAAUUUAUAUUUAAACA